GUGUAAAUGCGCGUAACGUUUUUCUGAAGUCUAAUGGGAGCAGAGAAAAUGCGCAGUUAAUACUACCAUGACUGUUCUGGUGGGUAGCUUCACGAACAAGACUAGAAACUCACCCUUCGCGGCUUAUCCUCCGCAUCUUCCAUCUCCAUUUCUUCAUUUUCUACACUAAAGUGGCGCUGAGUAGCAGUUGGGAGAAGGAAAUUGGGAUUUGCUCUCUCUCGUCGAUGAGACUCCAUGUCGAAGAUGAAGCAUUUACUCCGGAAACUUCACAUCAGCAGCGGCGCAACCGAUCAACAACAUCAUCCGCAUCACCGCCCCCCACUAAUUGAUCCGCCUCCGCCGUUUGGGGAAUCAGACACCGCGUUGACCUCGACCUCAUCUUCAUCCGAAACCACGCCGUCUUCGUCAGCGGCAUUGCCCACUGGUGGGCAGUUCAAUUCGGGGUCGGAUUCGGCCCCCGACUUUAAUUUCUUUGAGGAGGAGUUUCAGGUCCAACUGGCCUUGGCGAUCAGCGUGUCCGACCCGGAUUCCCGUGAGGAUCCGGAAACGGCGCAGAUCAAGGCUGCGCAACAGAUUAGCUUAGGUUGUUCUCCUUCUGAGACCCUCGUGGAAUUUAUGUCGCGUCGCUACUGGAGUUACAAUGUUGUAAAUUACGAUGAGAAGGUGAUGGAUGGGUUCUAUGAUGUUUAUGGAUUUAAUUCAAAUGAAGUGUCACAAGCCAAGAUGCCACUCUUAGUGGAUCUUGAAGCAAUUUCUGUUUCAGACGAUUUCGACCAUGAAGUAAUCUUAGUGAACCGCGCUGCUGAUGUGGAAUUGCGACAACUAGAGGAUAAAUUGUCCUUUAUAUCUAGGGAGUGCCGGGCUUUGAUGAAGCUACCUCUUACAAAUAUCUUGGUUCAGAAAAUUGCUGACUUAGUUGUUGAUAGAAUGGGAGGUUCUGUUAAUGAUACUGAAGAAUUGUCUAGGAGGUGGAUUGCUCGGAGUUUUGAAUUAAGGGUUUCUUUGAACUCUAUUAUACUUCCACUUGGUUGUCUUAAUGUUGGACUCUCUCGGCACAGGGCCUUGCUUUUUAAGGUACUUGCAGAUAGAGUAAAUCUUCCAUGCAAACUAGUGAAAGGGAGCUACUAUACUGGGACUGAUGAAGGAGCUGUUAACUUGGUAAAAUUUGAGAAUGGAAGUGAGUACAUAAUUGAUCUAAUGGGUGCACCCGGUACUCUUAUUCCUGCUGAAGCACCAAAUUCUCAAUUUCAGAGUCAUGCAUUAGAUAUGAAGAGUGGUUCACCUAUUUCUGGAAAUUCCUUUUUGAACGUUGAUGCAAAUGGGGAUUGUAUAGGUGCCUUGGAUAGAACUCAAAGCAAGCACGUUAAAGUUGACUCUGGGAAUCUUCUUCUAUUAUCAAGCAGAUUAUCUGAGGGUUCAGCAAUUUGCACUGAUAAUUCAUCAGAUCAGCAGGCUUUUAAAGUUGACAAUGUUUGUGAGUAUUUCAGAACUGCUGGAGAAAUCCCCAAUCACAUACAGAUACCUCAAAAUAUAUCUCCAGAGGACAAUGUUUAUACACCCUCAAAUGGUGUUGUAGUAGAAAUGGAAAGAGUUGGAGAAGAUCAUAUAUCAGAAAAUUUGGUUUUUGAUAGUGGAGUAUAUAAAAAAAGAAUUGAGCAUUCUAUUGUACCUUUUACUGGAGUACAUUUGCCAAGAAUUGACACCUUUCAUGGCAAUAAAAAACAAUCUAGUGGUGGCUGGCCUAAAGAGCUCGAGAAUAAUGCUUAUAGUUAUGCUUCAGGUAACGACUUCUACAGGGAGGUUGGGAAUUUUACUAAUAAUAGUUGUAACGAGAAAGAAUCUUCUCUUAAAGUAGCUGAAAUGGAAAGUUACCUGCCAUGUAAGUCGUACGCUCUGCUCAAAGAACAAGUUGAUCCCAUGCUGCUUGCAGUGGCAGAUUGGGAAAUUCCAUGGGAGCAUCUUCAGAUUGGUGAACGCAUUGGUAUUGGAUCAUAUGGGGAGGUUUACCGCGCCGAAUGGAAUGGCACAGAAGUUGCUGUAAAGAAAUUCAUGAAUCAGGACAUCACAGGCGAUGCACUAGAACAGUUCAAAUGUGAAGUAGAAAUUAUGUUGAGGUUGAGGCAUCCAAAUGUUGUCCUCUUCAUGGGAGCUGUCACUCGUCCCCCAAAUUUAUCCAUACUAACGGAAUUUCUACCAAGAGGGAGCUUAUAUAAGCUAUUGCAUCGUUCCACAACUGAAAUUGAUGAAAAAAGACGUAUGCGGAUGGCUUUUGAUGUGGCAAAGGGUAUGAACUAUUUGCAUACGAGCCAUCCUAUCAUUGUUCAUCGAGAUUUGAAGACUCCAAAUCUACUUGUUGAUAAAAAUUGGGUUGUGAAGGUUUGUGAUUUUGGGAUGUCCCGCAUGAAGCACCAUACAUUUCUCUCUUCAAAGUCAACUGCUGGAACGGCCGAGUGGAUGGCCCCUGAAGUUCUGAGAAAUGAACCAUCAAAUGAAAAAUCCGAUGUGUACAGUUUUGGUGUAAUCUUAUGGGAGCUGGCGACUCUGCAAGUACCAUGGUCAGGGAUGAACUCGAUGCAGGUCGUAGGGGCUGUAGGCUUUCAGGGUAGACGUCUCAUUAUUCCCUCCCAGGUUGAUCCCAUGGUGUCAGAGAUUAUAACUGACUGCUGGAAACAAGAUCCACAGGCACGGCCUUCUUUUGCACAAAUCAUAACCCGUCUCAAGUUUCUUCAGCAUCUAAGUCUUAAGGAAGCAGAAGCAAUCCAUACAUAUCAGCAGCGAUGAGGCAGGGGAGAGGGAUUGUAAAUUAAUCAAUGUCAGCUUGCCACCACAGGCUGAAUGGAUCAAAACAUCAAACAGAAAAUAUAUUAGGAUCACAAAAGUGUUGUAGCAGCUAAGAAGGAUUAAAGAACAUGCAAACUCAGACUGGGGUGCAUCAGGAGGUGUUGGUUCAUUCGAAGUGGGAACUCAACACCGUCGGAUUGUACCCUCCCAUGUCAGCGGCUGCGCAAAGUGCAGCCCAAAGUAUGAAAAAAACAAGUUAAAAUCUUAAAAAAAGGAGAAAAUAAAGGGUCUCAUAAAAAAAGUAGUCUUUUAUGGUUGUUAUAGUAAAUGAUGUGGUGUUAAUUAUGCAAUCAGCCCCCCUUCAAAGGAGGUGGGAUCCGUGGCAUGUGGAAACGCGGAAGGGUUUUGAAUCUGUGGAGGCCAUUAAGGAUGCAAUUGUAAAACAAAUGGCCUUCGUCGAUAUGUAUCAAUAGUAAAAAAUAAGGAUAAAAACGAAGAAAAUUGGUCGCUUUAUCAGUUUAUCAUGUGUUUCUCCGAGUCCGAUUUUAUAAGCCAUUGAAAUGAAUUUGCAUUCAUUUAUUUAGACUUGGGUAUUUUUGCUUGAUGUGUUAGCUUUACGCGUAACCAUGGCUUUUGUAUCCAAUAAGAUGUUAAGACAAGUACGUAGUAUAUGCUAUACAUUCAUGUCUUUUUUUUUGAACGACC